AUGCGCGCCGCGAGCGCGACGUCUCGAGGGGUCGUUCGCGCGAACGCGCGCGCUCGGACGACGGCGUCGACGCGACCGAGGCGCGGCGACGGCGUCGAGGCGCGGCGCGCGCGUCGAGGACGGACGACGACGGGACGACGAAGGCGCGCGCGCGCGGACGCGGGCGCGGAUGAAAUCGCGUGGUGCUGCGCGACGGCGUACACCGUCGGCGCGGUGGUGAUGUGCGCGCGAGCGGCGCGGGCGAGGCGAGAGGACGAAGACGUCGACGCGCGCGACUUCGCGGCGUCGCUCGCGAAGAUGUUCGCCGCGCCGUGCGCGCUGUACGGAAUCUUGCUCGCGCGGUCGUGGACGCCGGAAACGCUGUCGCUGAUGAUGCCGGGAAGCCUGGAGCGAGGACUGGCGACGGGGGAGGUGCAAUUCGUGCCGACGCUGCGCUCGAUCAUGACGCUCCUGAGCGCGCGCGCGACGGCGACGAGCGCGUGGGCGCACUUGCUGUGCGUCAACCUCUUCGUCGCUCGACACGUGGCGUUGAAAACGCGCGAACGAAACGUGCGCGACGGGCACGCGCCGCCGAUCGCGCACACGCUCGUGUUGUCCACGCUCGUCGGGCCGCUCGCGCUGCUCUCGCACGUCGUCACCGACGCGGCGUACUACGCCGUCGUUCGCGCGCGCGACGAACGACGACGGGCGACGGCGUGA